AAAUUACAAGAUAUAUAUACCAAAGUUAUUGCAAACACACACAUUUUAACCUGAUUAUGGCUAUUUUUUCAAAGAUUGGCAUUAUUGGAGCUGGAAUUAGCGGCAUAGCUGCUGCUAAACAGCUAGCUGAACACAACCCUGUGGUUUUCGAGGCCACGGACUCUCUGGGAGGAGUGUGGAAACACUGCUCUUUUAGGUCCACUAAGCUUCAAACUCCACGUUGUGAUUAUGAGUUCUCGGAUUUUCCCUGGACUGAAAGAAACAACACGAGUUUUCCAACUUAUCAGGAGAUACUGGACUAUCUCUAUUCCUAUGCUAACAACUUUGAUGUGCUCAAGUUUGUUAAAUUCAAUUCCAAGGUUGUCGAAAUCCGGUUCGUUGGUGAUCGGGAAACGGCUGAUUAUGGGGGUAAGAUGGGGAAGUAUGGACGUCUACUCUCCACUGGCAAGCCAUUCUGGGAGGUUGCUGUGCAGACUAGUGAUUCAGACACCGUUCAGAUGUAUGCGUUUGAAUUCCUGGUGAUAUGCACCGGAAAGUAUGGGGACAUACCCAAGAUACCAGCAUUUCCCCAGAACAAAGGGCCAGAAGUAUUUAAAGGGAAGGUGAUGCAUUCCAUUGAAUACAGCAAACUGGAUGAAGAAGCCUCUGUGGAUCUUCUUAAGGACAAGAAGGUCGUUGUAGUUGGCUAUAAGAAAUCUGCCAUUGAUUUGGCUGUUGAAUGUGCUGAAGCAAACCAAGGACCAGAGGGCAAGCCAUGCACCAUGAUUGUACGGACCCUGCACUGGACAGUUCCACACUACUCAAUCUGGGGAUUACCAUUUUACAUGUUCUAUUCCACAAGAUUUUCUCAGUUCUUUCAUGAAAGACCAAACCAAAGCCUUCUAAAGACCCUCCUCAGUCACCUAUUAUCUCCUGUGAGAAGAGCAAUUUCAAAGACAAUCGAGUCGUACUUGGCAUGGAAGCUACCAUUGGACAAGUAUGGGUUGAGACCUGAUCACCCCUUUGAGGAAGACUACGCGUCGUGCCAAAUGGCAAUCUUGCCUGAAAAUUUCUUCUCUGAGGCAGACAAGGGGAAGAUUUUGUUCGAAAGAGCAUCAAGGUGGUGGUUCUGGGAAGGUGGAGUUGAAUUUGAAGAUGGCACAAGAUUGGAGGCUGAUGUCGUGUUUCUUGCUACUGGUUUUGAUGGCAGAAAAAAACUAAAAGCCAUCUUGCCUGAUCCUUUUCGCGGUUUGAUGGAAUUCCCAUCAGGCAUGAUGCCCUUGUACAGGGGUACCAUCCAUCCUUUCAUUCCAAACAUGGCUUUUGUGGGAUAUGUGGAGAGUGUUUCAAACUUGCACACUGCAGAGAUCCGAUGCAAAUGGCUGGCUCGGCUUGUGGGGGGUCAUUUUAAGCUACCUAGUGUGGAGAAGAUGCUUGAACAGGUUACCACAGAAAAUGAAAUCAUGAAAAAGACAACCAGAUUUUACAAGAGGAACUGCAUUUCUACUUUCAGUAUUAACCACAGUGAUGAGAUAUGUGAAGAGAUGGGAUGGAGCUCCUGGAGGAAGAAGAACUGGCUAGCUGAAGCAUUUAGCCCUUACAACAGUCAAGAUUACGAAGAAGAACACAAGUAAAGGAAGCAUAUUAUCACAAAUUUAAUCAUUCUUUUGUUUAUUAAUAGCUUUGCCUGAACAAUAAUCAGAAGAUUUAUAAUCACUAUGAUACUGAUAAAAUAAGAGACUACCCAUCUGUGUGGAAUGGUCACUAAAAGUUAUGUUCUUACUGUAAUGUUGUGUUAAUACUUAUAUAUACCAGUCAAUAAAAACAUCUAAAAUAUUUUAUUUAU